CGACCCACAACCAUGAAGGGUCUCUUGAAACUUCUAAUAGUGGGCUUGCUGUCCUUCAGCACUUCUCAAUAUGCAUCUGCCGAUCCAGUAUUUUCAAAUAGCAAUAGCAAAGUUCCUAUUUCAUCCAACUUGUUAUUUGAUGCCAUUACUAAAAAUCUGAACUUAUCCGAUUUCGAAAAUGAGUUAGCCAAUGAAGCUGAUUGCUUGGCCACAUAUAGUGUGAACAGUGUCGAAAUAUUGAUUGAUGCCGGUUCGAAGUUGCGUCAGUGUGACCAGGUCGAUCAAGCUCAGUCCUUCCAAAGCUCUGAUAUACAAGAAGUAAAGAAUACCUUUCAGCAAAGGUUCACAAAAUGUUCACGGACAAGAUCUCACCAAAAGAAACAUAGCUGUUACGUUGACUUGGUAAUGCAUUUGCUCGAGUCAACACCGGGACAACACAACUUGAACAGGCGUUGUAUAUCACAUGAAUUGGAAAAAGCAUUCUCAAAGUUACAUAAGGCUGCAGACCGAUUUAAGAAAUGCAUUUCGGUAGAUGAACCAAAGUGGAAUCGCACAACAUCUGCUCCCCAGUGGAAUCGCACAACAUCUGCGCCUCAGUGGAAUCGCACAACCUCUGCUCCUCACUGGAAUCGCACAACAUCUGCUCCUCAGUGGAAUCGCACAACAUCUGCUCCUCACUGGAAUCGCACAACAUCUGCUCCUCAGUGGAAUGUAACUACUGAUAUACCGUGGUGGAAUCGCACAACGUCUGCUCCUCAAUGGAAUGUAACUACCGACGUUCCAUGGUGGAAUCGCACAACGUCUGCUCCUCAGUGGAAUGUAACUACUGAUAUACCGUGGUGGAAUCACACAACAUCUGCUCCUCAGUGGAAUGUAACUAGUGAUAUACCGUGGUGGAAUCGCACAACGUCUGCUCCUCAAUGGAAUGUCACUACCGACGUUCCAUGGUGGAAUCGCACAACAUCUGCUCCUCAGUGGAAUGUAACUACCGACGUUCCAUGGUGGAAUCGCACAACAUCUGCUCCUCAGUGGAAUGUCACUACCGACGUUCCAUGGUGGAAUCGCACAACGUCUGCUCCUCAAUGGAAUGUCACUACCGACGUUCCAUGGUGGAAUCGCACAACAUCUGCUCCUCAGUGGAAUGUAACUACCGACGUUCCAUGGUGGAAUCGCACAACAUCUGCUCCUCAGUGGAAUGUCACUAACGACGUUCCAUGGUGGAAUCGCACAACAUCUGCUCCUCAGUGGAAUGCAACUACUGAUAUUCCGUCUUGGAAUAGCACGACACUGGGUCCUCAAUGGAACGUUACUACCGAUGUACCAUCUUGGAAUAGAACGACACUUGGCCCUCAAUGGAACGUAACUACUGAUAUACCGUCUUGGAAUAGCACGACACUGGGUCCUCAAUGGAACGUUACUACCGAUGUACCAUCUUGGAAUAGAACGACACUUGGCCCUCAAUGGAACGUUACUACCGAUAUACCUUCUGGGAAUAGAACGACACUUGGUCCUCAAUGGAACGUCACAACAGACAUACCGUCAUGGAAUCUUACUACUAUAAUUCCGGAACUCAAUACGACAGAAGCUUUAUCCACUACUGAAGACAAUGCUACCACCGUGAGUGAAAAUUGGUUUGACAAAUUUUUGGAUGAUCUUAAAAACAUGUUCAACUAAACUUUCAACCACAAUCUUAAGCAACAGGCAGCAAAAGCAAUAAAAAAAAUGUUAUCAGCAUUAAA